GUUUUUCCGCUUCGCUGUUUGUCCUCAUCCGAGCCGCCGUUCUUCCGCUCCCAUUUUAAAAAAGCUGUACUCGGAACAAGAUGGCCGCCGCAACGAGCCGCUACUACAGCGAGGGAGGAAGAGCCACGAAAAGGCAAAAAACUGACAGCGAAGGAAUGACCACGGAAGUUUAUGAGGACCCCCAUAAGCCCCUCCCAUCACUCGUGGUGCACAUCAGGGGUCUGGUGGACGGUAUUACUGAGUCUGACCUGGUGGAGGCGCUGAGAGAGUUCGGCACCAUCAGUUACGUGGUGUUGAUGCCGAACAAGCGCCAGGCUCUGGUGGAGUACGAGGACAUGGGCGGGUCGUGCAACGCGGUGACGUACGCUAACGACAACCAAGUGUACAUCGCUGGCCGUCCCUGCUACAUCAACUAUUCCACCAGUCAGAAGAUCUCACGUCCCGGAGACUCGGGCGACGCCCCCAGCGUCAAUAACAUCCUGCUGUUCACCAUCAUGAACCCGAUCUACCCUAUCACCACGGACGUCUUGUACACCAUCUGUAAUAACUGCGGCCCCGUGCAGAGGAUCGUGAUCUUCAGGAAGAACGGCGUCCAGGCCAUGGUGGAGUUUGAUUCGGUCCAAAGUGCUCAGAGAGCGAAAGCAUCGCUCAACGGGGCCGAUAUCUACUCCGGCUGCUGCACCCUCAAAAUCGAAUACGCCAAGCCAACACGUCUUAAUGUCUUUAAGAACGACCAGGACACUUGGGAUUACACCAACCCUAGUCUGAGCGGCCAAGAUGCUGAUUCAGACGGCACUUGGAACAGUACUCAAGACCCCACUACAAACCCAAACAAGCGCCAAAGGCAGCCAGCUCUGCUUGGAGACCACCCACCUGAAUAUGGUGGGCCUCAGAGUGCUUACGGUCACUAUGAUGAGACCUAUGGUCCUCCUCCACCACACUACGAGGGCCGCCGGAUAGGGCCCCCUCUAGGCCGGGCCCGUGGAGGCCCUCGUUACGGAGGCCCCCAGUACGGUCACGGCCCUCCACCCGAAUACGCCGCCCAGGCCGACUCUCCGGUCAUCAUGCUGUACGGCCUCGACCCGUUCAAGAUCAACGCCGACCGCAUUUUCAACGUCUUCUGCCUUUACGGCAACGUCGAGAGGGUGAAGUUCAUGAAGAGUAAACCUGGUGCUGCCAUGGUGGAGAUGGGCGAUUGUUAUGCAGUGGAGCGAGCCAUUUCACAUCUUAACCACACCAUGCUCUUCGGUCAGAAGCUCAACAUUUGCGUAUCUAAGCAGCAGGCUAUAAUCCCCGGGCAGUCGUAUCAGUUGGAGGACGGCAGCACCAGCUUUAAGGAUUUCCACGGCAGCAGGAACAAUCGCUUCAGCACCGCCGAGCAAGCGGCCAAGAACCGCAUCCAGAGGCCCAGCAACGUCCUGCACUUCUUUAACGGUCAGCCGGACAGCUCGACCGAGAUCUUCGCCCAGAUCUGCGAAGAGCUCGCCAUAAAGCCCCCGAACAGCGUCAAACUCUUCACCGGGAAAAGUGCUGCAGGCGAAAGGAGCGCGUCGGGUCUGCUGGAGUGGGAGACGAUCAACGACGCCAUGGAAGCGCUCUCUGUGAUGAACCACUACCAAAUGAAGAACCCUACCGGACCGUACCCGUUCACUCUAAAGCUGUGUUUCUCUACGGCCCAGAACGCAAACUGAACCCUGGAUGACCCCCGACUCCCGUCACAGUUCCCAACAUGGCUGUUUUUCUUUGAUGGCUAUUUUUCAUUUUGUACAAAUGUAGUGUUUGUUUUGAUCUUUGAUCAUUUUUUUUUAUUAUUGUUUAAGCUCUUUUCUUAUCUGCCGUGUGUUUCGUGGCAAAUUAUACAUUUAAAAAGCAAUGUUUUUGUUCUCUAAAUAAAAGCCGUUACAAAACCCUUUUA